AAAACACAUAUAACACCACAAAAUAGCACAAACAAUUAUUUGACAUGAACAUAAACAACAAAAUGGGACUAUAGGAGGCGAGGGGGGACAGAUUACAGUAAUAAAACCUCCCUCAACAUUUUCAUUUUGAUGUGUUUUUGAAGAACUCUGAAAACAUAAAAAUGGCUGCCGGAGAAGGAGAAGACAAAAAAUCACAGCAGCACAUAGUGAUGCUGCCGUUCCUAGCGCAGGGCCAUCUCAUCCCCUUCCUCACCCUCGCCGGUAACCUCCGCCGCCGCUUCGGCGCCGCCGUCACCGUCACCAUCGCCACCACUCCUCUCAACGCCCGCUACCUCCGCGCCGCCGACCCCCAAAACCACAUCCACAUCCACGAGCUCCCCUUCGACAGCUCCGACCACGACCUCCCGCCGGCCGUCGAGAACACCGAAGCCCUCCCCCUCCGCCACGUCAUCAAACUCUUCCACGCCUCCGCCGCCCUCGAAACCCCCUUCCGCUCCUUAAUCCGCCGCAUCUCCGUCGCUGAUGGCCGCCCCCCGCUCUGCAUCAUCUCCGACGUCUUCACCGCCUGGGCCAACGACGUCGCCGCCGCCACCGGAACCGUCAACGUCGUCUUCUCCACCGGCGGCGCGUACGGCACCGCCGCCUACAUCUCCCUCUGGCAAAACCUCCCCCACCGCACCUCCUCCUCCGACGACGGGAAUUUCUCCCUCCCGGGAUUCCCCGCCGCCCACCAAUUCCACGUCAGCCAUCUCCACCCCUACCUCCGCGCCGCCGACGGCGCCGACGACUGGUCGCGCUUCUUCCAGCCCCAGAUCGGAAAAAGCCUCAAAUCCUUCGGCUGGCUCUGCAACACGGCGGCGGAAAUCGAAUCUUUGGGAUUCGAAAUCCUAAAAAACUACGUCCAAAAAUCCGUCUGGUGCGUCGGCCCUCUAAUUAUCCCUGCGAGAACCGCCGUCGCCGGAAUCGAUUCCCGCACCGGAAAAAAGUUCGGCGUCUCGCCGGAGGACUGUCUCCGGUGGCUGGACGGUCAGUCGGAAAAAUCAGUUCUAUACAUUUCGUUCGGCUCCCAAAACACGAUCGGACUUUCGCAAAUGACGGAAUUAGCCCUGGGAUUAGAGGACAGCAGAUUUCCAUUCAUAUGGGUACUCCGGCCGCCGGCGGGGUUCGACGUCGACGGCGAGUUCCGGCGGGAGUGGCUGCCGGCGGGGUUCGAGGAACGGACGGCGAGGAAAAACCAGGGGCUAUUAGUGCGGGGGUGGGCCCCGCAGGUGGAGAUUUUGGGGCACCGGUCGACGGCGGCGUUUCUCAGCCACUGCGGGUGGAAUUCGGCGGUGGAGAGUCUGAGCCAGGGGGUGGCGCUGAUAGGGUGGCCGUUGGCGGCGGAGCAGGGGUAUAAUUGUAAAUUACUGGCGGAGGAGAUGGGUGUGUGCGUGGAGUUGGGCCGGGGGGCGGAGUGCGAGGUCGGCCGGGAGGAGGUGAGGAGAGUGGUGGAGACGGCGGCGGGAGGGGGGCGGAAGGCGGCGGAGAUGAGGAGGAGGGCGGCGGAGGUCGGGAGGAAGAUCAGGGCGGCGGUGGCGGAGGACGGCGGAGGAGGGUCGGCGUGGAAAGCUCUUGAUGAUUUUAUUGCUGCUGUUGGAGGUAGGACCAAUCUCAUCGUACCUUAGGGAUAUGUCUCACUUUAAAUUUAAUUAAUUAUUUAUUGUGCCGCCGUCCUUUUUUUUUUUUUGGUAAAAAGCAAAACAGAUAUAUUAAUGAAUAAGCCAACAUAGCAAAACUGAGUUAACAUGUCCCACAAGGGGUCACGUGGUGGCGUGAAAAUUGGACUCAGAUUACCUGUUAUAUAUGAUUUGUGUAGUAUGACUUGUCUUGUUGGACCUAAUUUGCAGAGCAUUAGGUUCUGUAAUAGAAAAAUAUGGAAUAGAUCUUAAGUUUUAUUAUCAAAAUCAAGUAAAACAAAAAAUAUUAGACUAGUUUGGUUAGACUCAGCCCCAACUAACUCAAAAAAAGCCAAAAUCGACACACACAUACACACUAGCGACAAACACAAAAAACACCGGCCCGAAAACC